GAAACAGAAGAACAACAAUUAACUUUUGUUUGUUUACAAAUGCAGGAUUCUUCGUCUUACGUGAGAAGAUAUUCUCAAGUUCCUUCAUCUUCAGGUAUUCGAAAUUCAACAUUCGCCGAUAAUGGAUUAGUGAGCGGGCGAACAAGUCUAGCACCUCAGCGUACACUUGUUCCAAUCCGUCCUUCUAUGGACGUGGAUGGCAUGACAAUGUCUUCUUCGCGGCUUGCAACACCUUCUAUGAGACCCAGCUUGGCACCGGGGGUACGCAGGUCCAGUAUAAUGAAUCGAAGGAUGUCUAGUGCAUCUUUUAUGGGCCAAGCUGCAUCUACUUCAAGCAUGAAGGACCCUCGUCCGUUGACAGAUAAACGCUAUCAACAAGAGUGUGCAGCUUAUGUAGUCAAUUUUUUAUUAGAAUGUGGGUAUCCACAGCCAUUGACCCCGAAUAAUAGAUUUCUACCCACUACAAAGGAAUUUGCUUCCAUAUUCAAGUUUUUGUAUAAUAAGCUGGACCCAAAAUUUCGGUUCGGAGCUCGCUAUGAAGAAGAUGUUAUAAAUUGUUUAAAGUCCUUGAGGUAUCCUUUUACAGAUUCGAUAUCUCGAUCCAGGUUAGUGGCUAUAGGAACUCCUCAUAGCUGGCCUGCCAUUUUAGGAAUGUUGCACUGGCUUGUAUGUUUAAUCCAGUGUACGGAGCAGGCUGUCGAUAUGGCUUAUUCCGUAGAAAACGAUACGUUAAAUGAUCACUUUGUCAACAAGGUACUAUUUGAUUACCUCGUUCGAAAAUAUCAUCUAUUUUUACAGGCUUCUAUGGAAGAAGAACCAGAACAGGAGUUAAAGGCGUCAUUUGAGGAGCAAAAUAAAGAAAUUAAUACGAAAAUUCAGCUGCUACAACAAGAAAAUGAUGAGCUUUUAAAGCAAAAGCAAGCAGCAGGUGAUCUAGACUCUACAAUCGAACUACUAGAAGAAAGAUUUAAAACAAUGCAAAGGGAUGAGGUAAAACUUCAAUCAUUUAUGUCCUCAAUUCAAUCAAGAAUGGAGUCGAAGACUGCUUUAAAGAAGCAAAUUCAGCUGAGUCUUACUGAAAAAGAAGCCCAGUUGCAAGAGCUUAAUGAGAAAAAGAAAUCCCUAAAAUCAAGAGUGGAUAUGCAGUCGAUUUCUACAGCCGAAUUUCAAAAAAUGAUGUCUGAACAAGAACAGUUAGAUCGAAACAUCAAUUUCAUUGGCAAUAAGAUAACCGAGCUAAGAAAAGAGGUUUUCGACAAAGAUCUCUUAGUACAAUCGAAAAUUGAUACCCUUGAAAAGGAAUCUCAAAAAUAUAGCAACCUAGCUUACCGGAUUGGGAUAAUUCCUCCAACUGCUCCGCGUGCUGGAAAUGGCAAUUUUGAAGUAAUCUUAGAUCCAGAAACAGGAUCCAUAAACCUUGAUUUAAAGAACUAUUUACGACCUUUUUUGAAUCAAGUACGUCACUCAAUAACUUUAGAAUUUCAUGAAGAACAAAAUAAGUCUCUAAAAAUCCAAGAAGUACUUGAUGCCUUAAAUGACACGGUUGCGGAAUUACAAGAUGAAUUGAAUACCAUUGAGUCCCGUUUGAAUUCCGUGGUAAAGGAGUGUACUAUGUUGCGCGAGUCAGCAAACCAAGAAAAGGCUUCUCUGAAUACAGAAUCUCAGAAAUUAGAGCAUGAUUUACAACAGCUUAAACUUUCAUCGCAUAACAGCAUGCUACAAUUGGAUCAGCGGAUACAGACUAUUACUAUAGAGGCAGAUCAACUGGCUCAUUCAUGCAUGGAGUACAAAAAUAAUGUUUACAGAGAAGUUGCUUAUAUGCUCAGUGAAAUUAUACAGUUUAAGCUGUACAUCCAAGAUAGCCUAGAGGGUCUUGAAAUGGACUAUAUGAAAGAAUUUGAGGAACUUCGGGCAAAACUUGAGUAGUCCUUGUCUUUCAUUAUUAACGAUUUUGGUUACGGUCCUGAUAUUUAAUAAUUUGUUCAUUCGGCUAAAGUGUAAUGGGUUUUUUUGUUUAAUUUUCUUUUCUUCUAAUAUUUUUAAUUGUGCAUAACAUGCCACCAUUUUGGUGUUAAACAGAAGCUAGAUUUGUGCUUCCUCAGCUUAGCUUCAUUUAGCUACGUGUAUACUACUAUAAUGCCGGGAUUUAGUGAUGCUUAAUAAUUGAAUAAAUAAGGUGUUCCAUUAAAUUAAGUUAUUAAACUAUUGAAUAGAGA